AAAGUGUCUGAUUUUGGCUUGGCUGGGCAGAUUCGUGACGAAUGCGAUUUGCAGGGGACACGUACAGGAGCAGCCAUUCUUCCAAUCCAAUGGCUUGCCCCCGAAAGGUCGGGCUGCAGCAAAGUAUCCUUCCAGUCUGAUGUGUGGGCAUAUGGCAUAGUUUUGUGGGAAAUGGCCAGCUAUGGCAAAGCCCCUUACCAGGGCGUUAAAAACGUCUGCGCCUUUUUGAAGAAGGGAAAACGAAUGAAACGUCCAUACCGAUGUCCUCCUUCCAUUUAUGAUCUCAUGAUGGAAUGUUGGCGAGAGGACCCUACCAUGCGCCCGACCUUUGCCCAAGUUUAUGAGAAGGUGGAGGUACUAUUUCAAAAAUUUGACAUGAAGAACUUGAGGCAACAGAAUAAAAUCAAAAAGGACUAUUUGAGAACCAGGAAGAGCCAUGACAAAAAGAACAUAUCUUCAAUUGACAAGAAAACCUCAAGGGGAAGGAAGAAUAUUAUAUCCAGUGAAGACAGUUUCGACGAUUGGACAUUUAGAGCUAUUUUUGAGACAAUUGAGAGGGGUGGCCAAUCUCAAACGGAUAACAUUAAAAAGGACCAUUCGGGAACUUUGAACGACCUUCAAGCAAAGAAUAUAUCUCUUAUCCCUGACCAAGCCACUGUACCACCAAUGAUAAGUCCCUCAAACAAACCUUUAAUCGUGGAGAGUGCAGAGAAGAAGGAAGAAUUGGCGGUUCCAGUUAAGAAAAUUGGCAAGAAAACCUCAAGGCGAAAGAAGAACAUUAAACAGGACGGUUUCCUGUCCAGUAAAGGCAGUUUUGACGAUUGGACAUUUAGAGCUAUUUUUGAGACAAUUGAGAGGGGUGGCCAAUUUCAAACGGAUAACAUUAAAAAGGACCAUUCGGGAACUUUGAACGACCUUCAAGCAAAGAAUAUAUCUCUUAUCCCUGACCAAGUCAUUACACUCCCAAUGAUAAGUUUCUCCAAUUGCCCGAAAGGUCAAGAAGAAUCCCUAGCUAUGGAAAGACACAAAGAUGAGGCAAGGAUGGGGAUUCCUCUUAAGAAAAAAGGCUUAAAUCAAACAGAUAAGAUUCCAAAGAAUGGUUUGGGAAUCAAAAAGAGCAAGAAAAAGAAGAAUUUAUCCCAUACACCUAACCAAUCCCUUGAACAUUCAAUGAAGAGCUCCUGUUAUAAAUCAAAACCUCAAGAAAGUUGGAGAUCAAGGGAAGAGAAAACGAUGGCAACCCUUUUGAAGAAAUUGGACGGGAAAAAGUGCAAACAAAACGGUCAAAAGGACCCUGUACUGUCAAAGAAGAAGAGCAAUGAAAAAAAGAAAUCCCUUGUUUCAUCUAACCAAUACCCAGCACAUCCAAUGAGCAGUUCCUUUUACCAUCCGAAAAGACAAGAACCCUUAACCAUGAGCAGAGCAAAUGAACCCGAACACAUAACAACUUUCUUGAAGAAAUUUGAAGAGAUAAGCCUUAGACAGGGACAAAACUUCGAAAAGCAUCAUAUGGAAACCAAAACUAAACAUGACAAAAGCCUAGGGCAAGUUGGCGCCAUCAGAAAGGACCAUUUGAGAAGCAAGAAUAGCCAUGACAAAAACUACUUCUCUUCUACUUCUACACAGUUAUCUGCGCACGCAAUGAAAAGUUCUUCUAACACACUGACACGCCAAGAACCUUGGGUGAUGAAGAGUCCAGAGAAUGCGAAAAAUAUGGCAUUUCCAUCAUGGAAAUUUGACGAGAAAUGCCUUGGGCAAGUGGAUGGCAGCAAAAAGGGCCAUGUGGGAACCAAGAAUAGCCAUGACAAAAACUUCUUAUUUUCUACUCCUACCCAGUUAUCUGGGCACCCAAUAAAAAGUUCUUCUAACACACUGACACGUCAAGAACCUUGGGUGAUGAAGAGUCCAGAGAAGGCGAAAAAUAUGGCAUUUCCAUCAUGGAAAUUUGACGAGAAAUGCCUUGGGCAAGUGGAUGGCAGCAAAAAGGACUGUGUGGGAACCAAGAAUGGCCAUGACAAUAACUACUUACUUUCUACUCCUACCCAUUUACAUGCACACCAAGUGGGAAGCCCCGAUGGCAAAUCAUCAAGUGAAGAAUUUUUAACUUUAGAGUGUGCAGUAGGCAAGGAGGAGAUGAGUGCAAAAAAAAACCAUGGGGAAGUGGAUAACAAAGUAAAGGGAGUCCUGGAAACCAUGGAAAUUCGUAACAAACACAGCUUUUCUUUUAAACCUGCUGAAUCCCUGGCACCCAUGAUGAACAGGUUUGUAACUAAGGUUGUUAUACACCCCACAGUGAUAUACAUUUCACUCCUUUUAUGCUAGC